AGAUCAAACUCGGGAAAAUCUCCAGCACAGUGUAGUGCUUCUGAACAGCGAACUGUCACCGGAAAUGAGGAGAGGCGCGAACGCCAUAGCUCUAUGUCGGAGGGGCCUCAGAUCAUACUGCACUGAAAACAUCGAUGGAUUGCAGAGCUCCAAACUUAGAAUCUUCGAUCGCCAGCUUAAACGCAAACAGCGUGAUAGAGCGGCAUGGUUGAUGCGCCCCAACGAUUCCUUGCUUGAUAAUGUUUCCGAGAAUUUGCUUGAUCGUUUGGAGGAUUGUAGAAAAGCAUUUCCUACAGCAUUGUGUAUGGGGGGCUCCCAUGAAGCAGUUAGGCGCUUGUUACGCGGGCGUGGCGGUAUUGAAAAACUAAUUAUGAUGGAUUCAUCAUCCGACAUGAUCAAAGUAUGUAAAGAUGCUCAGCAAGAUAACCCCAAUGAGAAUGUUGAAACAUCAUUUAUUGUUGGUGAUGAAGAGUUUUUGCCUAUCAAAGAAAGUUCCUUGGAUCUCGUCAUUAGUAGCUUGGGACUACAUUGGACAAAUGAUCUUCCUGGAGCUAUGAUCCAGUGUAGAUUAGCACUGAAGCCCGAUGGUCUAUUCUUGGCAGCAAUUCUUGGUGGAGAAACAUUAAAGGAACUGAGAAUAGCAUGUACUGUAGCUCAAAUGGAACGUGAAGGAGGCAUUAGUCCACGGAUGUCACCUUUGGCACAUGUGCGGGAUGCUGGAAACCUUUUGACCAGGGCAGGCUUCACUCUUCCUGGUGUAGAUGUUGAUGAAUAUGUUGUCAGAUAUAAGAGUGCUUUGGAGCUGAUAGAGCAUCUUCGUGCUAUGGGUGAAACUAAUGCCCUCUUACAAAGAAGCAAUAUCUUGAAGAGGGACACAGCUAUUGCUACAGCAGCCAUUUACGAAUCGAUGUUUGCUGCAGAUGAUGGCACCAUUCCAGCAACAUUCCAGGUCAUAUACAUGACUGGGUGGAGGGAGCAUCCUUCUCAACAGAAGGCCAAGUGUAGAGGCUCUGCCACAGUAUCCUUUCAGGACAUUCAGAAGCAGUUUGGUGGCAAUAGUAAUACCUGAAGUGUUGAACCAUCCACAUGUGUUGUAUAAAUGUAUUCUGAUCUGUGGACCUCCGCAGAUUUUGAUAGGUGCACAAAUAAAUCAUAGUAUUUAUUUACUAAUUUCUGUAUCCCGUGAACAACACAAACCCUUUUUCACUUGACCUAAUGCAUUUUCAUAAAUAAUA